AUGCUAGCGCCGUGGUGGACGGCGCUGCUGAUCGCCCUUCCCUCAUUAGCAGUUGCGGAUUACUGUAGUAGCUACGCGGAAUGUGUGGCAGUUUCCCGGUUAGAGGAGCGAUUAUGUUUGGGAAACUCGCAAAAAAGGCCGUACUGGUUGCCCGAAUCCACCGAUCCACACAAUUGCCACGAGCAGCUGAAGGGCGACUAUCAGAGGCUUGAACGCCUCGAAAUCGAGCUCGACACGGCCUUCGUCAACUGCAUGGCCGGUCAGAAUUCGACACAGGAAUCGCCCUCCGAAUGUCCACGUCUUGAGCGUCAAUCGCCAAAGUUUGUCGCCGGGCGUACGAUCGACUACGUACCGACGUGGUGCUUCACCGGAGUGGACAGAAGAAUCGCUCGACAGUGUGGACCGCUGAAGGGGUGCUGCGAGGCUGUUAAUGACUGCGAAGCUCUACUCACCAAUUCCCCCGAAUUCGACCGCAUCAAAGCGGCCGCUUUCGAGAUGAGAAACAGGGCAGAGCACUGCGAGAGAGGCAACCAACUUCCCGGUCUGCCCGACUUCCGCUCAACCGUCCAUUCGAAGAAUGGCCUCCAGGAUCCAUUCGAGAGGAAACCGAUUCUGACGCCGUCGGGGACGAUUACCAUUACCGUCACGCAGUCGACGGCCAGCCCGCCGACGACUUCGGGAAGUACGGAGGAAGGCCAUGAAGCCACCACCGUAACCUCGAAACCAUUGAAAGUUGAGGGUGCAUCGACAACACCAGCUUCCACAUAUAACUCGGCGAACUCGCAAAUCUUCGACCGUCUCGACAAACACGAGAAGCAAGUGAAGGAGCUGCUAGAGAAGGAAGGAGUCGAAGGAGGAGAAGGACUGCUCACAAAUCAGAAGGGAGAAGCCGUAGAGCAACCGAGGUUGACGUUCCCGCCAGGCACGAUUGGCCAGGGCGCCGCCACUGAAGUCCAGGUGCCAGCAAGUGGAAAUAAGCUCGAAGAGACCGAAGCCGAUUUUGGACUGUCGAUCGAGCGGGAGGACCAGGCAAUCGACCAAACGCUCAGCUCCCUGUUCCGCGUGGCCGAAAUCCCGCCAGCAAGCGAAGGCCUUGCCGGAGAAACGGUACGCGCUGAAGCCCACUUCGGGCGCGAGCCGACGUACACGCGAGCUGAUGCUCAAUUUGACGAUGAUGGUCGAGUUGUUACCGAGUCGGCAACUGUAACCUCCUCCCCCGUCAUCUUCCUGCCCGAACCAGGAAGUGAUGGCGUUCGCCGCUCGCCGACUAAACUUGGAUGUGGCCUGAAGCGGCUGCACGCCAGCAAGACGAAAAAGAUGGAGAAAAUCCUGAGCUUGCUGGGAGAAAACGAGGAGAGCGCGGAUAUGCAGGAAAUCAAGGAACUCCUUGACAACUGGCAGCACGACGUGCGCGGGCGAAUUAUGGACGCUAAACUGCGAAACAAGAAUAAAGCUAUCGGCCAAGCCCUCGACAAACUGAUCGACCACUUUGACCAGGUCAACCUCGGGUUGCUGAAGCAGAACAUCCAUGCCAACUUUGACAAUGCCGAUUACCCAGAGGAAGAUGCCCAAAUCGCCGCGAUGGAGUGCGAUCCGCUGGAUGAUGGCAGCGGUGAUGGCGAGGGAUCCGGCAGCGGCGAGCCGACGUUCACCGAUGCGUCUGGAGAGCUUGAGGGUUCUGGAGAAGAAGCCCUAACCACCACCGAAGAGCCCCCGAGCACCCAAGAAACCGAAAAUGGAGAUAAGAUCAUUAUGGAAGACGGCGUUGAGAAGCUCGUCAUCUCCGGUCAUAACCUGCAAAUCGACAAAAAGCCCGAGAACGAGACCGAAGAGACCGGCCCGACCAGCGAGUGGCUGCAAAAGUACCGGGCCGAGGUGGAGAAGCAGCAUAAAGAUCGUGAAGGACCUGGCAGCCGAAACGAGUCAACUUGCGACGUCUACAUGAGGUGCAGGAAUCAGAUGCAUCUCGCGCUUGACGGUUGCGCAUGGCGAUUCGCCUCCGUGAAAAUUCUGAUGUCGCUGGCGGAGAGCUCGGAAAGUCUACUCUAUCGCGGCGACGACUUGUGUGAUCCGCAAGACCGACCCUACUACGAGUCACUCUACAACCUAAUGAUCAGAAGGAACGGCAAAAUCCGCCAGUGCCUGGACAAGAAAAACGAGAACAUCUUCGACAAGGUCGUCUGCAUCCCGUACGGCCCAGAGAAGGCGGCAACGUACGACGAGGCGCUACUUCGGAUCCUGUCUGCAGACUAUCAGAAGAGCGGCGAAUGCUUCGCGGACGCCAACUUGAUCCAGGAGAAGUGCAGUCGGCUUCGUGAGUGCUGUCCGCACUUUGAUCGG